AAAGGCCGUAUCUUCGCCGACCUUCUCCUCCCACGACCAGCCGACAUCGAUGCCGCUUGCUCUCCCGCUUCCGUCCGGAAGUACAGGGAAUUGCUGGCUCAAGCCCGCGCAAAUAUGCAAGAGGCUCAAGUCCGGAUGCAGCAGCAAGCCAACAGGCAUCACGUGCCAUGUCCCAUCCGCGCCGGCGACCUGGUUUGGGUUUGCGCGGAAGAACUUGCACUGGAACAGGAGGUUUCACGCAAACUGCUUCCCAAGUGGUUUGGACCAUGGCCCGUAGCGUCAGCCGCGGGCGAUGAGCCCGAUGGCCCUUCAUUUGUGAUCAACAUUCCCCCGCAUCUGACGGUCCAUCCAGUCUUUCACGCCUCAAAGCUGGCAACAUACACGCUAGCUAAGAGCGAUGACUUUCCGGGCCGACGAUCGCAGGACCCUCCUUUUAUGGAUGGUCAUCAGGAAGUUGACCGCGCCAUCACCGAUCGCAAGUACGGCAGCAAGCCGCGCCAGUACAAAGUGUCAUUCAAAGCCUGCGAUCGCGACUACACUCGGUGGAUUUCAGGAGCAAAGUUGAAAGCAUCGGCACCGCUGAUCUAUGCACAUUAUGAGAAGCAAAGGUUAGCUCAGGAAGCUUCACGACCGGCCCCUCCCACCCGGACUAUGGAUAUGCCAGAGAAGAAGAAAGAGUCUCACGUGCGAGCUCAUAAAGCUGCUUUAAGGAGAAAGUACAGAUCACUCUUUGACGAGGGAAGCAGCCUUUGGGGAGAAAUCAGAAACGGAACGUACGAUUUUGAUCUUGGGAGGCGAUACUACGAGAUCCUUGGGACUAUUGCGAAAGGCGACCUAAUAGCAUGGUACGACAAGAACAUAAUGUCGGAAAUGUCCGCACGGAAGAUUGCCAUCCAGAUUUGGGGAAAGGAGCACAAGGAUAAAAUAGUCUCCUUGGAUGAAGACGGGCUAUGGGAAGCUGAUGGGACCGAAGAACCUGGUCAGACGGUUGUUAUCAGGGACCAGCGAUUGUUCCAAACGGGUCUAUCUAUCGUAUGCGCUAAGUGAUCAAACGCCACCCUCCGGUUGGUGAUUGAUUACCUACUGUCUUCGCCGAAAAGGAGUAUACUUACUACUAUACGGUCAUUAUGGGUGCAUCUAGACUGAAAGUUGGACCAAAUGCAGGCUACAAUGACUGUACGGGGGCAAGAAGGAAGGCGGCUAAGUUGACAGACACCUCCCCAAAAAAUGUGGAACAGAAGCUCUGUCUUCGCCGAAAUGGAGUAUACUAUACGGUCAUUAUGGGUGCGCAUCUAGACUGAAAGCUGGACAAAAUGCAGGCUCCAAUGACUGUACGGGGGGGGAGAAGGAAGGCGGCUAAGUUGACAGACACCCCCCCAGAAAAACGGCGGAACAGAAGCUCUGUGUGAAUCAUGGAUGGUUUGAGCCAAAGCUUCUAAAAACGGCGGCGACCACCGAAGCCCCUCGCGUCAAGAGGCAGAAAUGCAGUCAGUCCCAAGUGUCAUUUGGGACAUCGGUGGGACAUUGGUUAAAGCCGGAACGGGUGGGACAUCCUUGUUUGGUGGGAGUACCGAGACGACUAUGCAGCACACAUGGCCCUUGCACAAGGAUGACACAUGCAAAAAAUGAACACGUGCAGUUCUAACUUCUCAGUGAGACCCCUCGCACAAGUUCUGUUGUAGCUGCCGUGUCAUUUCUGGAGAAUAGUCGUUGAUCGCGUUGUGAGAGAAAAAAGAAUAGGGAAGAUAAUCAGAGGAGCUAAGGCACGCAUCUCCUAGAAGAGAGGCGGAGAGAGCCAAGGAAAGAUAUCAAACUCAACAGCAGAGAUUGAAAGGUCGUCGAGCACGAGGCAACGAAUUUGCUCUCAAUGAAUUUUCAGCAAGGCAGAGUUGCAACGGAUGCCCCGUGGAUUCCCGGAGCCUGCACUUAAACAUUCUAUUACAUCUGGUUUUCAUCAAGUCGUACUGCAAUAUUUUGGAAGCGCAAACCGCAAGAUUUUCAGGCAAGCUGGACAAAAACAGACAAAAGCCUAAGGGAAGGAAGUGCGCACAAUCCGUUUCUCAUCCAAGAAAAAGACGAUGAAUGGGACCCAGCAGCCAGCUGUUCCCAUACAAAGAUCGAAAAGUGAAGAGAGAGAGAGAGAGAGAGAACCAGAGGCUACAAGGCUCACUCGAUAGUGCUUCAACAAGGGCUGGGAGAGGGUUGUCCUGGCCUAGUGCUAGUGUCUGCAACCCCUGUCCGCUAGCCGGUAUAUAACCAAGGUAGGGCCAACAAGUGCCCCCGCAGAUGGGGGAAGCAGAGGUUACGCUAAGGAAGCAGAACGAUGAGGUGGGCAGGGGUGGAACCUGUGUGCUUCAACUAGGGCUGGGAGAGGUUUGUCCUGGCCUAGCGCUGGGGUCUGCAACCGCUGUCCGCUCUCCGGUAUAUCCAAGUUACCACCAACAAGUGUCCCCGUAGAUGGGGAAUCAGAGGUUACGCCAAGGAAGCAGAGCGACGAGGUAGGUAGGGGUGGGCCCUGUAUUCGGUUCAGUGUCCAUGGUAAGCCGCGGCAGUAGAUGGUUGGCAAACCCACUAGUCUGCACACAUGUAUGUCAAGCUUUGCAAGUUCCCCAUAGUCUGCAUACAUGUGCUCAAGCGAACGUUGACCUUGUAUGGUCGGGGGGAUGCAAUUCGUCGCUGCAGCUCCAUCGUCCAGUGGAACAAUGGCUCACUCACAAGUGCCACAAGUAUGGUUUAUAACUUUAUGGGACACAGAAUGGACCAGGGGAGUUUAAGCCCAUCUCUUGUACAGUAUAGGCUCAAUGAAGAGCAGGUCCCAUC